GAUCUGAUAAUAUGUUGAUUAUUAUGCAAGGUGCUGCCGGGAAUGGUGGAGAGAGGCAGAGGGACGAUUCUCUUCACCGGUUCUUCGGCCUCCCUCACCGGGAUCGCCGGCUGCACGGAAUUAUGUUGUGGUAAGUUUGCUUUAAGAGCACUAUCACAGUGCCUAGCUAGAGAAUUCCAGCCUUAUGGUGUACAUGUGGCGCAUGUUAUCAUUGAAGGCGUCAUUGGUUUACCCAGAUAUAGGCCAUGUUUGCGAAUUGUAGAGGAACAACAACAACAAAUAAUUGCCCAUGAAGGGGAUGGAUCGAUGGACCCGGAUGGCUUGGCUAAGAUAUAUUGGCAAUUGCACACUCAGGAGAGAACGGCCUGGACACAAGAAAUUGACCUCCGUCCUGCUAACUCCCGUCUAUGGUGAUACUUUGUAGUCGUGGAUUAUAUUUAAAACAUGCUAAGAUUCUCUCUAUUUAUUUCUCUAUCUCACGAGAAAGUACACAUGUAGUUUAAGUGUUUGAAUCAAAACUAUUGGAAUACAUAUUUUUAUCAUCCAUAUGUAGUUCUAACUGAACUACAUACUUAAUCCAAACCAUCCCAAUUUUGGUUUGGAAUAUUGGAGUUGGAGUAAAAUCGUUAUAUCUUCCCCUCU